AUGUCAAUAAAGCUAGGCAAUGUCCCAACAAUUGUGGUGUCAUCACCUGAAGCGGUAAAGCUAUUUUUAGAGACCCACAAUGUUGUUUUCGCCAGUAGGCCAAAACUCCAAUUUGCUGAUUACAUCUCCUAUUGUAACAAAGGCUUGGUUUUUGCACCAUACGGGUCAUACUGGCGCACAAUGAGGAAAUGGUGCACACUGAGGAAGGAGGUGGAGUCAUUGGUGGAUCGAAUAAAGAGGGCAGCGACAAGUGGCCAAGUGGUGGAUCUUAGUGCUAAGGCAAUUGAAUUGAUGGAGAAUAUCAUGUAUAGAAUGAUCAUAGGCCGAAGUAAAGAUGUUAAAUUCGACUUGAAACCACUUAUUCAAGAGAGCCUCAAGUUAUCGAGACAUUUCAACAUAGCAGAUUAUGUGACGUUCCUUGUUCCAUUUGAUCUUCAGAGCCUAUUGCCUUUGAGGGUCUUGGUUGUGCAUUGUUUUAUGACUGACUCGUGUUUGAAAGAAGAGAAGCAGGAGCUAUUUUUGUUGGUUUAUUUGGUUGCUGCAAAGAUGAGCUUUUCACCACCUCCUUCACCUAUUUUUGUUGGUGAAAACUACAACAUUUGGGCUGUGAAAAUGAAGAAAUACCUACAGGCACAUGACCUAUGGAAUAUUAUUCAAAAUGACACAAAGCCACCUCCCUUGAGAGCAAAUCCAACCAUAGCUCAGAUCGGGUAG